CGAAGCUUUCGAGAUAAGGGGCCCAGGUCGUCUUAUCUGAUAUGCUGUAAUCGUCCGUUAGAAUUCAGUCAGUUUAAGUCUGUCAGCCAAAAGGUGAAGUCCCACUGCCAAAGUGGAUUUUGCAAAUAUUUACAAAGGUAAUCUUUAUUAUGCAACAAGCCCCAGCGACGUAAUCAAAACUUCAUGGUUCAACUUCGAGGUCCAAGUCGAAGACAUUUAAGCGCACUACCUGACUACCUUUGUAGUUGUUUAGCACUUUUUGAGUUUCAACUAUGGAGAGUAACAAUGAUACGUCCGAAGUACCCCUGGGAUUAAAAGGUGUUACCCCUCACCCUGAAGUAUUCACCAUCCCCCCACCACAGCCUAAAGAAAAGAAACCUGGGCAGCUCACUUCACAGCAGGUCCAUCAAUUCUUUGACGAGGGGUAUGUUUUAGUUGAAAACUACUUCCAGAAUGGAGAACUUGAAGCUUGUAAAGAAGCAGUCAACGGACUGGUUGAUGAAUGUGCCAACAAACUGUACAAUGGAGGAAAAAUCAAAAAGUUGUACAAGGAAUUGGGAUUAUUUAAAAGACUGACUGCCAUAGAAAAGGAAUUUCCAGGAGCCAACAUUGUCUUCAUAAAAUCUGGCAAAAUGCCACAGGCUUUUCGAGACUUGUAUUCCAAUGAGCGCUUGCUAAAUGCUAUAGAACAACUGAUUGGUCCAGAUAUUAUGGGUCAUCCAGUCUGGAAUUUGCGUACAAAGACUCCAAGAAAUGAGGCAACAACUGUUCCUUGGCAUCAAGACAUUUCCUAUCUUGACAAUUCAUCCUAUGACGUCCUGCAACCAGCAGCCUGGAUACCCUUGCUGGACUCGAAUGAGAAUAAUGGAUGUAUGCAGUUUGUAAGAAAAGGUCACCAGUCAGGCAGAGUGUGUGAACACGAGUGCUGUGCAGGAGAUACCUGGUACACUAUGCUGAGAGAAGAGGAAAUGGAAAAAACUCUGGGUGUAAACCUGGAGGAGGAUAUAGUAUCAGUCCCUGUGCCAUAUGGAGGAAUGGUGCUCCUCAACAAUCUUAUCCCUCAUCGGAGUUUGAACAAUUACUCUGAUGACAUUCGCUGGAGCUUGGACUUGCGUUGGCAAAGCCCUAGCAAACCUGUUGGAUUUCAUGGCUUAAAAGAAGGCAUAUUGUUGCGUUCAUCUCAGGAGCCAAAUUUAAAAAUUGACUGGGACCCAUUUGUUGGUGUGAACAGAAAUAAGGAACAGACCAAAUCUGUGGGAAUGGAAGUCGAUGAUUUUGACACCACCAUCGUUGGGCCAUGGAUGAAGAAAUGGAAAAUAGUUCAUCACAAUCGCCAUACCAAGAAGAUGACUAAGGAAAAUCUAGUCACAUGGCACUUGUAAUCUGUUAUUUGAUAAAACAACUACUAUUUUUUAUCCAUGCAUUUGUAUAAAAUUCUGGACAUGACAAUUGCAGCUUUAAGAAAUUAUCUCAAGGAAACAAAAAUAAGAUAUGACAAAAUUUUCAUUGCUUUGCUCAGAGUUCCUGUCAUCUCAAAAAGUAAAAUUGCUCACUCUUCCAUUGUUUUGUUUGACUGACAGCAUUUUUAAAGUGUGUGCUUGCAGGGACAAAACAUGGUCGGAAAAUCAGUGCUCGAAGUAGAUAUAUUAUAUUCAAAAUAUUGUUGACCAAUAAAAUUGUUGUAACUUUUGCUGUGUAGGGUAUUUAAAAUGAAAUUAAA